GCUCCGGCUCGCCGUCCUUUAUCAUGGCGGCCGCCGCGCUGCAGCUGAGGCAGACCCUGUGCCCGGGAGCGCGCGUCCUGCGCACCUUCUCCUCGGUCGCCAGCCCCGCGGCUCCGAGAGCCGGCCCGCGUACGGCAUCCAGAAGCGAAAGGCCGAUGAGGAGAAAGGCACUACCUCCUAGGACGGAGAAGAUGGAUACUGAUCAGGACUGGCCCAGUGUUUACCCCACUGCCGCGCCGUUUAAACCCUCAGCUGUUCCUCUACCUGUUCGAAUGGGAUACCCAGUAAAGAAGGGUGUGCCCAUGGCGAAGGAAGGGAAUCUAGAGCUUUUAAAGAUCCCAAAUUUUCUGCAUUUGACUCCUGUGGCAAUUAAAAGGCACUGUGCAGCAUUGAAAGAUUUCUGCACUGAGUGGCCAGCUGCACUCGACAGUGAUGAGAAAUGUGAGGAGCAUUUUCCAGUUGAGAUUGAUACAGCGGAUUAUGUGUCAUCGGGACCAUCUAUUCGAAACCCCAAAGCCCGAGCCGUAACGUUAAGGGUUAAACUUUCCAGUUUGAAUUUAGACAAUCAUGCCAAGAAAAAACUCAUUAAGCUUGUAGGAGAGCGGUACUGCAAGGCCACCGAUGUGCUCACUAUCACCACAGACAGAUGCCCUUUGAAGCGGCAGAACUGUGACUAUGCAGUGUAUCUUCUCACAGUCCUGUACCACGAAUCUUGGGUAAGUAUGUAUGUGGUGUGUGGCCAGGAUGUGUGUGAUGUACUGGAAGUGUGUAUGAAAUGUGUGAAGGCAGUGAGGUAGUUCAUUUGUCCUAUCCCAGGACAAUAGGACAGUGUCCCGAGUGCUGGCAUUAGAGGCCUGUGCACCGUGCCCCACUCUUAGGUACAGCAGUGGAAGCAAUGGUGAGAAGCCAUCCUGAUGCUCACAGGACGAGUGCUUCCGAAUGGAGUCAUGCCUAGGAGGCUGGCUCCUCAGUGGGUGUGGUUCUGUGUUGGACCACGUGAGGCCCAGGGACGAAGCAUCUCCCUGUGUAUUGCGGCAGUCCCAGGGACUGAUGGGUAAACACAUGCAGCUUUGUAUUGCGGCAGCCCCAGGGACUGAUGGGUAAACACAUGCACCUGUGUAUUGCGGCAGCCCCAGGGCCUGAUGGGGAAACACAUGCAGCUGUUUCCAGACUGGCAUUUUCACUGUUACUAACAGUGAUCAGGUUUAAUACGUGGCUGGCAGGUGAAAGUAAAGUAAAGCUUUAUUUCAAGGUUAGUAAAUGGCAAAGCACAGUGUCCACUCGUUUUCUUUUCAAGAUCCUCACUGCCAUGAAUCCUCCGUGUUUGUUUGUAUCCUGGUUUGUUUGGAUUAAUUGGCAGCAAUUAAUCUCUUUCCUGUCAAUUGAUUGAGAAUUGUCGUUGGCUGUGAGCCAAGAACACGCUUGAGCAUAGCUACUGUUCAAAAGAGUUAAUAACAAGCAGUAAAAUCCAGCCAGUUCAGAGUCUCUUAUUUGCCAGCUGCCUGGAAAGGGAAUACCCCCAAAGGAAGAGACAGGCACAAAUACACCGAGUGAGAGUUUGCUCACCAGAGCCUUUCUGUGGUUCUGUGACGUGACAAGCCGGUAUUCUGGAUUCAUGAAAAAGUCUUCCAUCUUUCAUACUAAUUACCUUGAUACCAGAGUAAGUAGCCUCGUGUAACUGUCUUAAACAGCUGUAAUUAAGGAAUUCCCACAUUAAAGCCCCACCCGUGGGGACGCUGUGAGAUGAGAGGAGCCGAGGAGCUCUGCAGGAACAUGAGCUUUGCUACGACAGCACUGGGCUUUAUUGAAUUGAGUUCUUUUUUUCCUUCACCAACUUGGAGUUUAAACUUGAAACUGGUGUUGCCGCCUGGUGUUUGACCAGCAAUUAGAGCCCUUCCCCAUCGCCUGCUUUAUUCUCAGUAGCCUGGUCUCUGAACACUUAGUGCUCACACGUGAAUGUCCCUUGGCUUUUUAGCAUUUCUACGGAGUUUCCUUCUGGAAAAGUGUUUACCUAGACCUUCAUGUAAGGGUGUUUUUGUGUAGUAGUCAAAACAAGUAACUGCAGCCGUGUCAGUCAUUCCACAAAGCGCGGCUGGACGGGAGGCCAGUGCUUCCAAGAACAUUCUUUGAGUGCUGACAGUAAUAAGAGACAAAUAUGUGCUAGCGUCUUCAGACAUGCUAAACUCUGGGUUAGUGUUUCAGCUUGUGCUAUGAAUCAGCCUUCAGCCUGUGCAGCCAUGCUGGCCUGGUGUUUUAGUUUGGGUUUUACUGCUCUGAACAGAAACCAUGACCAAGGCAGCUCUUACAAGGAUGACAUUAAAUUGGAGUUGGCUUACAGGUUCAGAGAUUCAGUCCAUCAUCAUCAAGGUGGGAGCAGGGCAGCGUCCAGCCAUACAUGGGGCUGGAGGAGCUGAGAGUUCCACCUCUUGUUCUGAAGGCAGCUAGCAGAAAACUAACUUCUAGGCAGCUAGGAUGAGAAUUGUAAAGCCCACACCUACUCCAGCAAGGCUGCCCCUCCUAAUAAUGCCACUCCCUGAGCCAAGGAUAUACAAACCACCACACCUGGGCUCUGUGACUUUCUGCAUGGGUCAUUGUUUUAAUCUUCAAAAGCCAUAUAUGCAGACAUUAGGCUUUCUAAGAUUUUGGGUGGAACAGAGAUUUUUUUUUUUUUUUUUGUAAUUUCUACCAAAUAAUGGGCUUUCAGUAAUGGUCCAUUAUUUUUGUUAAAAAUACUACAGUGAGAUUUUUUUUUCUUAGAAUUUCAAGUACUUUUAUGGCAAAUUCCUGUGUACAGCCUACACAUUUAACUUGACAGAGGCUAAAAUAAAACACUUGAGACUGAAUCCGUUCUCUUCUGCCUAAAUCCAGUACAUCACCCAAUCUUCCUGCUCUGAUGAAAUUAUUGAGCUGUUUCCCUCUUAUUUCUGCUGCUCCGCCCCCUGUAGAUCUUUCUUUAUCCUUCCCCUGAAACAAGGUGGUCGCGCCCCCCCCCCCAUCAUUGGGUUUCCCAUGGCUUUCUCAAGUCUGGCUCUGUGGUGUAACCUUUAUGGCAGUGCCCCCGUUAGCAGCGUGUGAAGCCACUGCACUCCCCGUGCAUCAUGGCUUUGCACACGUCCUUCCCUGCUGACCAGCCUUCCAGAUGUGUGUGAGUGGCAUCACUCCCGAAUGCUUCCUGCCAUCCUCUUUCCUUCCUUAGGUAACAUUGCUACAUUCAUGCUAAGUGCCUGUGCACACACCUGCCUCACUGCAAGGACAAGACAGUACCUCACUCCUCUCUGUCACCCCAACAUCUGUACAGUAUCUGGCACACAACACUCAGUGAAUUGCUUUUAAAACUGGUCCAAAUUGAGUUGAACUCUUGGACAUACGCAGUUAAAAUUUAGUCUUGGCAGUUGAAAUAAUUGGCAGGGUGUUUUGUUGUUAUUGUUACUUUAUUAAGACAUUUUUUCAAAUAAACUGUUUUAUAUCUA